AUGGGUGGCAAUGAUCAUCAAUUAUACCUUUCAUCACCCGACUCAACCUAUUCUCGAUCAUCAUCUUCACCUUCAUCAGUUAUAUCGACUAAAAAACAAUCACCGAAACUCAAAUCCUUCCUCAUAUCGGACAUCUUAAAACCGAAUUUCGGCCAUCAAAAUGAUAAAUGUAACAUUCCUCUCUCACCAGCAACAACUAACGAUUCGACAUCAUCUUCGAAUACUAAUCCACAACAAGGACUCUUACCAGCCUGGGUGUUUUGCACUCGGUAUUCCGAUCGACCAUCAGCAGGACCACGUGCAAGAAAAUCGAAAUUUCACGAUUCAGUCGAUUCGAAACGACCACGAACAGCCUUUACAAAUAAUCAAUUAAUCCGUUUAAAAGAUGAAUUCGACCGUAGUAAAUAUCUCACUGGCGAACGUCGACAAGUUCUCGCUAAUGAAUUAGGUUUAAAUGAAGCUCAAAUCAAGAUUUGGUAUCAAAACAAACGUGCCAAAAUCAAGAAAACGUCGGGUGUACGAAACACUUUAGCAUUACAGUUAAUGGCCCAAGGUUUAUACAAUCACACAACACCGAAUAAUAAAAACGUUUGA